AUGGCGUCGCCUGCACCACGAAAAACGCACAGAUACGCUACGCCGCGUCAAUCAGUGACGCCGCCUAGACAGCGCCGCAUGGUCAGUGCACGCCCCGCUGGUACACCCUCCAGGCGCACCGAGGACAUCGCUGCAGUACAAGACGUCAUGGACGUCGACGACGUGCAAAUGUAUAAUGAACGUGUGCUAGGGUCAGGGAGGGAGACCAUCUAUGCGCGCACGGACGAGAUCAGCGUUGCUUUUCAUGCUGCACUUCCGUUUGAAGUCAGGCGCGAGUUAAAGGGUGCUGAUUUCUAUUCUCAAUCUUGGACCGGUGCAGUUGAUGCCAUCACGGGGUAUGCCCUUGCUGCGUCCUCGAACACCUGCUUCGUCUGGCAUCACCCCAAACCAACUACAUGCUACAUCCUCCCGUGUCCACCUUCCUCUCAAGAUUAUGCACAACCGCUGUCUGCACCAUUCCAUGCCCUCGUCCCUUCCAGGUCACGCUCAGAACCUGGUCUCGUUCUUCUUUCCAUUCGCGGUGACAUCCGUUUCUGGGACAGCAUAACUAGCGGUCUGGCAGGCGGCGGCAGCUUCGAAAGCAUCAAUCUCGAGCUCGGAGAGGGAGAGUAUACGUCUGGAUUACUUAGGGUUGACGGUCAAAUUUACAUUGCGUCUACCUCACAUGGACGUCUAUUUAGACUCACGCUCACAUCUCAAAGCGGGCGGCAUACGCUCUCAGCAAGGCUCUUUGCACCGCCACCCGCACCUGGGCUCUCUCUUGCGCGUCUUCUCUGUGGCGAAGUUGGAAGGGGUAUAACAGCAGAUAAGGAACUAUGGACGCUCAGCGAGACCCGCGUGCAGAGGUGGAGCUUGAAUAAGGAGGUGUUACUGAGUGAAGUGGAUGUCCGAGAGGCAGUGGGAAACGUGGAGGAUCUGGAGGGUGUUGAUUUUGGCGUGGAGAGCGAUGGGACGCUUGUUGUCCUCGUCUCAUAUGCCGGGUCCGAGCAAGAGACAGCUGCAAUGGCGCUUGACCAGUACGGCGGGUUUGGUAUGGGCGCACCAGUACCGAGAAGGAUAUAUGCGCUCGUCAGACUUAGUGCUAGCACGAAGCGGGGUGAGGUGGCCAAGUUUGAGGUGGGAGGUGGGGAUGGAGGUGUGAUAGAGGGCAUAGGUGGAGGCAUGAAGAUAGAUGGUGUUACGGGAGUGCCAUAUGCUACGACAGCCGUAUCGGCACCCUCGCAUCCUCGUCUGACACUCCUUGGGGGAGGUGCAGUGGUAGCGAUUAGAUUCGUAGAUGUGGUCGUGUUUUGUGCUCGGGACUCUCCCUACCAGGAUCGUCUCACCCUAAAAGCCCCCAACACAGAUCAGAUACUCGGACUAGAACAGGAACAAGGGGAGGGAGCAGGGCCCGAGGACGUGCUCAUACUAACAGCUGGCGUGCUCAUACGUGCUCGAGUGGAUUUGGGGAGGGUCAGAACAUUCGAUGAGGCAACCGGCCGCGCGAUCCUCAUAAGAGCACUCCUCACACAAGCCAUACUUUACGGAAGCAACCCUGACAACCCCCUACAUUUCUCGUUCCCGCCCGAGGUUGAUCCAGAGGCGCUCAUGACAGGUGCAGAGGGGUUAAGCAGGGCCGUCCUCGAGAGCGACCCAGAGAUCAUCCGCCCAAAUCAUGACCUUACCUCUCAACUCACCUCUCGAAAAGAUAGGCUCAGUUGGCUCAUACGUUUCAUCAACGAUAAUGCAGCACUCAGGAAGAUGUCGCAGCGCAGCCGCCAGCGUCUUGCUACGGAUGCGGAGAAGCUUUAUGCGUGUCAUCAGCUUUGGUUGAAGAUGAAUGAACAUUUAGACGCUGGGGCCUCCCACUCUCUCGUCACUGAUGCCAUUCACGCAUUCACAGCCGCCCACCCUCUUUUGCACCCCUCCGCUUCGCACGAUGUCAUCCGAGAUUUCUUCAGAUACAGAGUAACAGAGAUUGGCCGGCUGAUUCCGUUCAUGGUGGAACGGGUUGAGAGAACUGGAGAAGGAGCCAUGAGAGAAGUUGGAGGGGCUGUUGUUACGAUUCUGCAAGCAGGGCUCUCGUAUAGAGCGUAUAAUCUUGCUGUGUAUGGUGUCGAGCUGCCUAUGAUUAAGCCGUGGACGAGCCGUCCGAGUGCCAUCGAUGGUGUGUUGAAGCUUGUCGAUACAGCCACGAGGUUCGCGCUCGAUCCGAGUAAAGCAAACACUAAAAGCGCAUCGAGAGAGCUUCUCCCGGAACUCGCGACAGUAUUUUUUGCAUGUGUACAAGAGAGAUUGGAUUGGCUCGACAGCCCCAUAGCAGCAGACGAACCCGGUUCCGAGAGGGACCAUAUAGAGCUCAAAGAACGCUUCGACCAACUCCGCCCCGAGAUCCUCGAAACUCUCCGCCUGACAUCCCACCUACUGAACGCUCUUACGCUUGCCGCAUCCCACGCCGACUUCCGCUCUCUUGCCGCGCUGUUACACCAAGACACCGUCUACCCACCGUCUUCCAAUCCGCACGCGCACACGAUCGAAGAAUAUGUCGACCGCUUUGGCGGAAUGUUUGCAAGGGAGGUGGUACGGUGGUGUAUGGUGCAUGGGGAAGCGAGAGUAGUGUUUGCGAUGGAGGAAAGCGGGAGAGGUGAGUGGGGGAAGUAUAUGGAUGAGUACUGGGCAGAGGAGGAGCAGGGAGGCAAAUGCGACGCGGUGGCGUGGUUGAGGGAUUUGGGGCAGGGGCGGUGGAGUGUUGCUGGCACAAGGUUGUUGAGAGAAGCGAAUGGCGCCGGGGAUGUGGGUGUUAAGCAUUUUAUGCUUAGCGUGGGCAAGCUUGCGCAUUUGGCGCAGAUGCAGGAGGGUACAGGUGCGGAUGAGACUGUAUUGGAUGCGUUCCAUGAUAGCCUGGAUUUCAUAUCGGUGCAGGAGAAAAUGCUUCAGGAGUUCCGGGAACCUGCCAGCAGUUUGCGGGGCAAACAAAAACAGAGCUUGGACGCGCAAGUGGAUGCUGUAAUAAAGGCGAAAGGGACGAGACUGAGAGCAGAACGGAGGCACGGGCUGCUUGGGAUAAUGAAGAUUUUUGUGAGGCAAGUACUCCAGGGCAAGGCGCUCAGCUUGGAAGAUGCGGUAGACAUGCUCACAUUGCAAGAUAAUGUGGAGGGCGUGGAGAAUUAUGCUACUGCGCUGCAUUUGCUUGCGCAUGCUGAGGUAGGUCGUGCGUAUCAUGGCUUUUUGUCAUUGAGACAAUCCUCGUUCAGAAGAGUAUGGUGUAGAAUAUACAAUCACGAUGACUGGGACUCUAUCCGCGAAACUGCCAACAUCACUGACGCCCAACUAACCUCCCGCUUCCGCGCAACCGCGCUUUACACUACGUUCAAUGUUAUUCUGCUCUCGCCCCAAUUAUGUCAAAUACCAGGUGUCGACCUUGACCCGAACGAAUGCUUGCCGGUGCCUUUGAUGCCCGAAAUCAAGUCACGUUUCCCAGGCAUACAGGAGGACAUGGUGGGUGACCUAGCGAGAGAUUACAGAGCUGAAAGCUCAGGAGUCGAGGGACUGAGACUGGGAGACGUGUAUCAUCGUGUCAGGGAGCUGGUGAUGCUGGACCUGGGGUACACAAGAGAAGGAUUUUAA